CUGAGAGAAAUCACAGAAUGGUGUGGGUUGGAAGUGAGCUCUGGAGAUCAUCUAGUCCAACUCUUACCCAAGCAGGUUCACCUGGAACUGGUUGCACAGGAAUGAUGGCUGCAACUUUCUUGAAAUCAGAAUUACAGUCAUAGCUCUGCACUUGACUCUGAGCCAAUUUGUGUUUCCAGUUGAACUGUAUCAGAGAAAGCAGAAGGAUGUUUUUUUCCUUUUUACAUGGAAAUUUCUGAUGAGCAAAUUUGUCUCUGGGCGUAAAAUGCAUGAUGAUGUUCAAGUAAUUGUGAUUGACAGGCGUGGUAUAAACCUGCCUGCAACCUCUGAGAAAUACAACUUAGCUGGCAAGGUACUUCUCAAGCAGGAGGAGAGGCUUUCUAAAUAGGCUGUAUUUAUUAUGGGUAGCUGCCUAUCUGCAUUCUGGCUCAGUUCCCUGUAGUAAGGAACUGACCACAUUACUAUUUGCAAACACAGGGUUCACUCAAGUGGUACUAAAAAGAGAAGAGGUGGGGCAAGCAGAGCUUUAAAAAGGAAAGAGGAGUCCGUCCAAGUUUGUAUGUAAGAAGCAACUGCCUUUUGCAGAAGGAGGGUACCUGGAGAUUUUGCUCCCUGUGCUCUACGGAGGGUUGUGGGGGAACAGUUUUCCAAGACAGAUGAUUUUUAGACAGCAGGAUUUGUUUUUUUGUGAGGAAAUUUGCAGUGAUUCUUGUGAGCUUUGCUUUUAAGCUGUGUUAGAUCUGUGGCAAGAGUGUCAGGCAUUUCAUACUUGGCUUCCAGAAAAGGGAAAAAAAAAAAAAAAAAAAAGGAAAGAAGAAGAAAGAAAUGAAAGAGAGGCUGAAAAAAACCUGACGUGUGCAGGGAAGAAAUCUCCCUGGAAUUUCUUCAAGGUUAUAGUCAGAGUAAGGGCUGAAGUGACAAGAAAAGCAAGGCAAAGAUAAAACUUGGUAUUGUGUUAAGAUGUCUGAGUAUCAAGUGGGAGACUGCAGAAACCUUUUGGGAUUACACAUGCUCAUCCUGUCCUGGAUAUGACUGAAUACAAGCUAUUUUUUCUCUGGUGACAGUUCAAAACCCCCUCUCAAGAUUAUGUUUCUCUUUCUUGUUGCUUUUUUACCACUGGUUUUUGAAAUUGAUUUUGUCAGCCUCUCGGCUCUGCAGCACUGGAACUGUCCUAAUGGAUACAGAUUAAAGACUGAAAACUCAGCUUGUAUAGAUAUCGAUGAAUGUCUUGAAGGUGGUUUGGGAAUCUGUGGCCAGACCUGCGUCAAUGUUCCAGGAUCCUAUAUCUGCUCCUGUUUGCCUGGCUACACUUUGGAUAUUGAUAAAUGGUCUUGCUAUGUGAAUGACCCUGCACCCUUCCUACUUUUUAGCCAUGGAAAUGCUAUCUUUAGAAUUGACACUGAAGGGACCAAUCAUGAAAGGUUGGUGGCUGAUACUGGUCAGUCAACACUUAUGGAUUUUCAUUAUGCAGAAGAAAAGGUGUAUUGGGUAGACUCUGAAAGACGAUUGCUCCAAAGAAUUCACCUGAAUGGGACAAAACAAGAGAGACUAUGUUACAUAGACAAAGGCACUUCAGGGUUUGCUAUUGACUGGAUAAAUCAAGACAUUCUCUGGGCCAACAGACAGAAAGCAACCAUAGAAGCCACAGACUUGAACGGGAAGAAACGCCGAGUUCUUCUAAGAGACGUGGGUCGUCCCACGAGGAUAACCAUUGAUGCUGAGCAAAGGCUGCUAUUUUGGUCUUCAGAUGGUACAGUUUCUGGUAUACACCGAGUGUCCCUCAGUGGAAUUGAUGUGAGAAAUGUUUUAAGAACCACAGAAAAAAUCAAGGCCAUAGCACUAGAUCUGGUUGACACAAGGCUCUACUGGAUACAACAUGAUCAUGGGAAAGAGAUUUCCCAUAUUGGGUCUUGUGACUAUGAUGGUGGAGCUCUUCGUUUACUCAAAACUUCUGUCCGGCGUCAAUUGCUUGGAAUGUCUGUCUUUGCUGAGCACCUGUACUAUUCAGAGAUUAAAUCUGGUAUGAUAUGGAGAGCCAACAAGUACACUGGAAAAACUGUAGUGACAAUUAGCCUGAAGCCAUCAUUUUUCCCUCCAGAGGAGAUACAAGUGGUACAUCCAUUUAAACAGCCAGGUGCAAGAACAGAACACCAGGAUUUUGAAAAAGGAGCCUAUGGUCUGAGCAGAGACAAGUGCAGAAGAAGAGUCUGCAGGCCUGACUCAAAGACUCAUCAGUUUAAAUGUUCAAGUGGCUUUAUUUUAAGUCGAAACAAACAGUUCUGUGAAGAUAUCAACGAAUGUGGCUUCUGGAAUCAUGGCUGUACUUUGGGCUGUGUGAACAUCCCUGGUUCCUAUUACUGCACCUGCCCAAGAGGUUUUGCUCUGCUGCCUGAUAGGAAAACAUGCCAUGAGCUGAUUUCCUGUACAAGGAAUGACACUGAAUGUAGCCAUGGUUGCCUUCAAACAUCUAAAGGGCCUGUUUGCUUUUGUCCUGAAGGAUCUGUGCUCAAAAUGGAUGGCAAAGCAUGCACGGGUUGUACAUCUCCAGACAAUGGUGGCUGUAGUCAGGUAUGUUCUUCUUUAAGCCCAUCCUCCUGGGAAUGUGCUUGUUUUCCUGGAUAUAAGCUUCAGCGAGACAGAAAGCACUGCUCUGCUAUAGGUCCUAAGCCGUUUUUGUUGUUUGCCAAUGGCCAAGAUAUCCGCCAGAUCAGUUUUGAUGGAACAGAUUAUGCAAGUUUACUUGACUGGCAGAUGGGAACAGUCUUAGCACUGGACUCUGACCCAGUGGAAAAUAAGAUUUAUUUUGCCCACACUGCCCUGAAAUGGAUAGAGAGAGCUAAUCUGGAUGGCUCACAUCGGGAAAAAGUUGUUGGUGAAGCUAUAGACACAGCUGAAGGCCUUGCUGUGGACUGGAUCAACCGUAAAUUGUACUGGACAGACAGAGGGAAGGCAAGCAUUGAAAGAAGCAACCUGGAUGGAACACAGAGAAAAAAUAUCAUCUGGGAGGAGAUCUCCCAGCCCCGAGGGAUUGCCAUUCACCCAUUUGCUAAGAGAUUAUUCUGGACUGACAUGGGGGUCAAUCCUCGGGUUGACAGCUCUUCAUUAGAAGGCAUCGAUCGCCAGGUUAUAGCCAGCACUGGCCUGGUGUGGCCCAGUGGAAUAGCUCUUGACUACUUGGCCAACAAGGUGUACUGGUGCGAUGCUAAGCAGUCGGUGGUUGAGAGCGCAAACCUGGAUGGCUCUGGUCGUCGAAUUCUUGCACAGAAUGAUGUAGGCCACCCUUUUGAUGUAGCGGUGUUUGAGGAUCACCUUUGGUUUUCUGACUGGGCUAGGCCAUCUCUAAUGAGAGUGGACAAGAAGACCGGCCAAAACAGGGUACGUCUUCGAGGCAGCAUGCUGAGACCCUCAUCAGUGGUUGUAGUUCAUCCUUUGGCGAAACCAGGGGCAAAUCCUUGUCUUUAUGAGAAUGGAGGCUGUGAGCAGAUCUGUGAAAACCAUUUUGGAGUUGCCCGUUGCAUGUGCUAUCCAGGAUUUGGAAAAAGUGAAGAUGGGAAAACCUGUCAUACUCUGAACACUCCCAGCACAACAACAGAAAGUGGCUCUGUGCGCAAGGAGGCGGUGCCGGUGCCGACACCAGAAGCCUUGCUCCGGAACACGCAAAGCAGUGACACAUUCAAGGAUACAGACAGUGGGGGAAAGCAGAAAAUGCUGAUGGCUGAAAUCAUGGUAUCAGAUCAAGAUGACUGCACUGCACUAGAGUGUGAUGUCAAUGCACAGUGUGUUUUGCUGGAAGACGGUGCUGCGUGCCAGUGCUUGAAAGGAUUUAACAGGAAGGGCAAAUCAUGCUAUGAUGUUGAUGAGUGUGCUGUCAACAUGGACCACUGCAACCGAAGUGUGUCAAGCUGCAUCAACACAGAAGGAGGCUACGUCUGUAAAUGCUUGGAGGGCUACACUGGAGAUGGAGUCCAUUGCUAUGGUAUUGAUGAGUCCAAGAUGGGGUCCCAUGCCUGCAGAGAGAACAUAACCUGCACAAACACAGGAGGAAACGUUACUUGCUCGAGUGCUGAUGGUGCUUCUGGAACUGGCAUUGACUGCAAAUCUACAGUCCCCCCUACUGUCAUCAGCAAUGAACAUUCAACACACCCCAUGCAAGGUGAUGUUUUAAGAUGUCCUCCUUCAUAUGAGUCCUAUUGUCUCCAUGGUGGAGUGUGCAAUUACGUUUCUGAUCUCCAAGACUAUGCCUGCAACUGUGUGACAGGCUACGUCGGGGAGCGCUGCCAGUUCAGCGAUCUGGAGUGGUGGGAGCAGCAACACACCGAGCGGGUGAAGAUGAGGAACAUCACCAUCACAGUCUGUGUAGCAGUGCUGCUUCUCCUGCUGGUGCUGGGGCUUUUGGCUGCCUACUGCCACAGAAGUCAGAAUGCCUACAAGAAGAACCUCUACGCAGAAGCGGUAAGAGAUGCCAGCAGCUGCGCUGACAACGAGAACGUGACACCUACCAGCUACAAGUCUCAGUUUGCAGCUGUGAGGGAGUGUAGCAGCCCUCCGGAGACUAACGUGGUUGAUCUGAUUGAGUGCGAGACAGCAGAUCCUCAUCCUGCCUGUCCUUCAGAAUAUGUGGAAGCACAGCAUAUAACAUAUGACAGAGCAGCAAAGACUUCUUUGGUGGAAGAGGGGAAACAAGGCUGUCAACAAGAGGUUCCUCUUGGUAAGAAAUUUUGUCAGCCCAUGGGAGUGGUGAAGGGAACUCCCCAGCCUCCCUGGAGUGUCCACCAUAAGCCUCUUCUGGAAAAGGAACCCUCUGAGCUUGCUCCAGCCAGCCUACUGAUGCAGCCAGACUAGAAGCAGUCUGCACUGGAGGUGGAAAAGGAAGGAGGAUGAAGUAAUUGGAGAAUAGGAACUCAUGAAAUGAUAAAGCAAGCCUUGUUUGGCUUUUUAUUAAAAACUGCUCAAAACAGAACAGAGAAGUCCUUGCCACUCCUUUCCUGUCAUCUCUGCUGGGAAGAAUUACUGUGAGCAAUGAAUUAGCAAUGAGUACUCUCCAAGUAUCACUUUAAGGUUCACUGCUGCUAACUUCAUUAACUGCUUGCUACAAGGACACUGAGGGGAAAAGAGAUGAGUGGAUGAAUUCUCAAAGAUAAGUAUUUUCUAAUGGAGUGGUCUUUACACACACACACAUAGAGUCCUAACUGCCUAGAAAAUGGGUCACAAGGACAACUGCAGAGAAACAUCGAUGGAAGAUGAUGCAGUAAAACGAGUUUAAAAUUCAUCUCCUUAUUAAAACAUUGUCCAUGGACACUUUAAGCCUCUCCCCAGCACCGCUGUCAGGCCACAGUAACUUCUUGGACUUACCAGAGAUAUUCUUGUACCUGCUUCUGCAAGUGAGCACCAGAUGGGCUCUUGCAUUUGUCAGGGUUGGUGGGCUAGAGGAUUGUUUGUGAUCAUAUGGUAUUCAUGGUGGUCACAUCUAUGAAGUGAGACAUAACAUUUGAAGAGAAGGGUGUUUCUUCCUUUACAUUUUUCAGUCUACACUGGUUCUGCAAAUCAUCACAGGAUUGUUUCUGGACUGAGGCAGUAGUUCUACUUUCAGGCCUGUGAAGAAGCAUGUGCUGGCAAUGUCCUUGCCUGGUCCAUUCUCUAGCAUUUAGUGUGGAGAAAAAAGUCCAGCCAGUUAUUGCUCCAAAGGAACAAGAGGAGUGGGACAAGCAAACAGAAAACUCACCUCAGUUUGCACUGACUUCACGUAACUGAUUUGCACUGCUUGCUAAAAUCCAUGGGAAUAAUUGGACAAACCCCACAUUUUUUUCUUGUAACUGGCUUCCUAACAGCUACAGUUCCCUUCCAGUUACUUACUAACUCACAAAGCUCUGUGGCAUGGAGUUGUGGCUUGUCUAUCAUGUCAAGUGAUUGUCACCAUGGAUCUUGAAUUCCUAAGGAUGUUUUCAGAACAUUCUGGCAGGUAUCUGGAAAUCAGCCAGGUUAUUAGUAAUUAUUUCAUUGUAGGGCAUGAUCCCUCAGACCCUUUUUUUUGCAGCCUACUAUCAGACAUCAUCUUUAAACUCCACUGCAGUGCCCACCACUAACUGGAUAAUACCGGCAAAUAUUAUUAAUUUCUAUGUUUCCAUCCUGCUUUUUGGGUUUUUGUAGAAUCCUGCCAGGAAGGUAGGGGAUGUUUUCAUGUAGUUACCAGCUCUGUAGGCCAAUGAUGGGGAAGUGUAUUGAAAGAGUCUUACCUCUAGUCCAAGAUAGUUACACACUUGAGUAACUUGGUGGAAUUGUUUCUGAUUUAUGCUGGUGUAAAUAGUAAGAGCAUGGACCCCAAGGUGCCUGAAUUACAAACAAUGUAACAUUCUGUUGUGUAAAGAGUUGUCACUUGUUGAUCUUCUGAAGUGAUUUUUGGUGGUGGUUUUGAAUUGUUGAGUCUGUUUUCAAGUCACAUUCAGAAUAACCUUGUAAAAAAUAGCCAUUUCCAGAGGUGAGUUGGAAGUAGGAACAAUGAAGAUGCACUCUCUUGUGUAAACAACAAGGAUAUUUCCAUGGAAAGAGAAGUGGUUGAGGAGAGUUGGGAUACUAGGCUGUGUUCAGGAGAAGGGCAACCACUGGCUUGAAGGAUUAGGUGUGGUAGCUCUGAUUUCAAGUUCAGUAUAAUUCCAUUAACAUUGCUGAAAGCAUCUAGUUCGAAUUCCCUGGUCUUGCACAGUUCAUUACCGGCCUUGUGUAUUUUGAUGGGAAGAGAGUCCAACUAUAAAGUCUCUGAUUCAGUAAAGCAUUUUAUUUCUGUGAGAGCUAGACAAUAAACUGCCUUUGGUCCCUGCA